ACUUUGGUUUCCACUGCCGCCACCAUGUGCGAUAUUCUUAUGAUGAACGAUACUCGCAAUCGAAAGCGGUUGCGUUCCGAUGACGAUUCGGGUUCGGUACCGCAGCGAAAGUUGUUCGUUAACCAGCAACGAAUUGAUCAGCAGGAUGAGCGCAAAAUGAGGCUUAUUCAAGAAAAAACAAUGAACAUCCUGUUCCGGGGAGCGAUUUCCUCUAAUCAGCAACCACCUGCGACAUGCCACAGUGCAUGCCUGCGACAUGUGCGCUUACUUGGUGGUGGCGAAACGGAGUUCGAUUUUCAUCAGUGCCCUAGCUGGAUUGAAAAGAAACCGGACCGUAAAUGUCGCCUCUGCGAUCGCUUAUCGCUAGUUCAUGCGGACUGUGUUAACUGCAAUUUGGAGCUUUGUGAAUACUGUGGAUUUAACUGCAGCUUCUGCCCGGAUAAGAUCUGCACGAAUUGCGUUAAUCUUUUUAACUGUCAAAAGUCGAAUGCUCCGUGCUGUGAACGAUGCAAAAUCUUUAACUGAUAGUGGAUCAUCUCCGAAUGGGUCUCGGCAUUUUGAGUUCCGUUGUUAUUUAUGUGUGAAAGGCUAGUUUGGGCAUAGUUAA